GGAUCUUUUCAGUGAUUCUAAACAAUGAAAUGCAUUUGGGGUUUCGAAGGUCAGAUGUAAGCAACGGAGUUGAAAGUGUUUGAAGAGAUUGCAAUAGCCACUGAUUGACGUACGCAGUGGAUAAGGUUGUCUUGGUGACAUUAUGGUCGCGAACGUUGAAGCCGCUUUGUGAGAUCCGCCCCUUUAUAAAAUCCCUUCAGCACUGACGUCAAUGCAUGUCGAGCGCCAGAACAUCAUUCCUCGUGCCGAGCAUCAGAUUGGUAUGCGCUCUCAUUUCAGUCAUGUAGAGCCCUUAUCUGGAAACGAAGACAUGUGCAGGAGCCCUUGGCACCCAUAUGCCCCAUUUUAGUUUUAGUUCUUGCAUUAGAAACAAAAUCAUACCUGCCACUUGAAUUGCUUUGUAUGAGCAGGUGAAGGUGGCCAAGUCAUCCACACACCUCUUUAUCCAGUUGUUCACUAGAAAACUAUGGUCAUGGCCGCCCAGGACCAAAAGCCGUCGCAGCGGGCUCCGGUUCGCGUGGGAUUUUAUGAUAUUGAGCGCACGCUGGGAAAAGGCAAUUUUGCAGUUGUGAAGCUGGCGAGACAUCGUAUCACGAAAUCUGAGGUGGCUAUUAAGAUCAUAGACAAGACCCAGCUAGAUGCAGUGAACCUGGAGAAGAUCUACAGAGAAGUGGAAAUCAUGAAGUUGCUGGACCAUCCUCACAUCAUCAAGCUUUACCAGGUCAUGGAAACCAAAAACAUGCUCUAUCUAGUCACAGAAUAUGCCAAGAAUGGAGAGAUAUUUGACUACCUGGCCAGCCGCGGGCGGCUCAGCGAAAUGGAUGCGAGGAGGAAGUUCUGGCAGAUCCUCUCAGCGGUGGAGUACUGCCACGAACGCAACAUUGUCCACAGAGACCUGAAGGCCGAAAACUUGUUACUGGAUGCUCACAUGAAUAUGAAGAUAGCAGAUUUUGGCUUUGGAAACUUCUUCCGUCCUGGGGAACCCCUGACCACUUGGUGUGGGAGCCCCCCAUAUGCGGCUCCAGAGGUCUUUGAGGGGCAACAGUAUGAGGGUCCACAACUGGACAUCUGGAGUAUGGGGGUGGUUUUGUACGUGUUAGUGUGUGGUGCUCUUCCAUUUGAUGGUCCUAGCCUUCCUGUCCUCAGACAGAGGGUCCUGGAGGGCCGUUUCCGCAUCCCCUACUUCAUGAGUGAGGACUGCGAGCACCUGAUCAGGAAGAUGUUGGUUCUAGAUCCAGCCAAGCGUUUGUCCCUGAGUCAGAUCAAAGAGCAUCGCUGGAUGGUGCUGGAGGUCCCGUCCCAGCGGCCCGUGCUAUAUAGACAGGGUCUGCCAUGUGAGAGCAAAUCAGGCUUGGGUGAACACAGUGAGCAGGUGCUCCGACUCAUGCACAGUCUGGGCAUCGACCAGCAGAAGACUAUUGAGUCUCUUCAGAACAAAAGCUAUAACCACUUUGCUGCUAUCUAUUACCUGCUUGUGGAGCGGUUGAAAGCGCAUCGCAGCAGUUUCCCUGUGGAACAGCGUUUGCACGCCAGCCAGCGCCGCCCUAGCACCGUCGCUGAGCAGACUGUUGUCAAGACCAUUGCGGUUCCUUCUCAAGCGGGCGUCCUGCCGCAGGCAGCGCGUCACCUGCGUUCACCUGUUCUGUUGCAGUCCACUACAGACACAUUUACCUUCCCACAAACCCCUGCUUCCCCAGAUCAGACGCUCAUGGAGGAAGACGUGGCCACUCCCAAGGUGGAUGGCUGCUUACUGGACCCACUCCCUCCAGCCGUUGUCCGCAAAGUCAGUGGCUCGCUGCCUAGCAACGUUAUGGAGACGUCCAUUGAUGAGGGCAUUGAGGCGGAGGAAGAGCAUGCUGUGCCCCUCGCCGCCUUUCAUACAGCUCGCUUCAGUCAGCGCCGGCAUACACUGUCUGAGGUCACCAACCAACCUGCUGUGCUGCCCAUCACAGGUCUGAACCCGUCCCUCGGCAGCAUGGACUCAGACUACAGCAUGGGUUCGACUCAAAGUGAUUUCAGCUUGCCUGAAGAGAAUCCAGCUCUAAAGGAUGUAUUAAGCUCUAUACCUGCCAGCCCCACAGCUCCAGUCUUCCUGGGCAUGAAGCCCCCUGAGUCCACCCUUCAGCCGCUCAACACGGAGGGGCAGGGCGCUCAUAAUCACUCACUAGUCAGUUUCAGAGAGGGGCGAAGGGCUUCAGACACGUCUCUCACUCAAGGUUUAGUGGCAUUCAGGCAGCACCUCCAGAACCUGGCCAGAACCAAGGGUUUCCUGGAGCUUAACAAAGCCCAGAUAGUGUUAGGAGAUGGUGGAGGAGGCGGUAAACCCACCAUCAGUCCCCAGGAGCUACUAGAGCCUCACCACCCAUUCAGACACCAGGGAGAAGGACGCCAAUGUCCAAGUGGAAAAGAUACAUCGACAUUUACGGGUAAAAUGCACCCUUAUCUGCUAUCCAGGAGACAGAGUUUGGAGACGCAGUACCUCGCUCAGCGACUACAGAGGGCCAGUCAGUUGGCAAGUGGUCUUGGAAGUGGACAGACGUUUUGUAAAGAGGCUGCACCGCGCUCUUUAGAGCAACAACUCCAGGAGCACAGACUGCAGCAGAAGAGGCUCUAUCUCCAGAAGCAGUCUCAGGUACAGGCUUACUUCCACCAGAUGCAGCUGGCUGAGGAUGUUUACCGCCAUCCCCAGGACAGCAGAGACCCCCAGAACAGCAGCAGUCCCUUAUCCAGCCCUCCCUUCACACGGACCCAAACCCUAACCCCUUUUCUGGAGCCCGGCACUUCAUCCCUGACAUACGGCCCCAAGCCAGCCCGUUUCCCAGACUGGCCUCUACCACCAGACAACUGCACAAACUACACCCCAUCCCUCCCUACAGAGCCCCUGUAUGCAUGGAGUCCUGCCCAGCCACCUCUCCCACCAGGCAAAGCAGAAAGCCCUUCGGCUCAACCUGCACCUGAAACCCCCUUCCUGGACUGUGAGAUGAUGGAGACCGUAGAGGCCCCACAGGGCUGUGUACUCGUAAACUAAAUGUGAAGUAAAGCACUCUGAGGCUGGCUCUCAGGCACAAGAUGUGGCAAAAAACGCCCUCAGGGACGAACAAGAUGCCAUGGUUUGUCACAUCUUAUAAACCUGCAGAACUGUGGUAGACCAUUACAGAACUUCAUUUUCAGAGAUGUUUGUGAGAUACGCUAGUGAAAUGUUUUUUGUUUUGUUUUUGUUCUGGUAAGCACAGAUUAAAUGUAGUGCAGCAACCAUAGAGUUUAAAAAUCAGUAUUAAAGCAAUAUUCCUUUUCCUAGGUAAUACUCUAGAGUUCUAUGAGUUUCAGUGUUUUUAUAAUUAGUUUAUUUAAUCUUUAAAUGAUCAGUAGCUGCUCAAGUUUUCCUUAUUAGUAUUGUGUGAUUUUAAAUAAUAGAUAUAAUCAACAGAGAAAUGUGUAAAUAUUAGGACUUAUCGAAUGGGAUAAAAAAAAAAGAAAUAAUGUUAAAGUCAACAGCAUUGAGUUUAUUUUUUGGAGUGGAGUGAUGAACUUCUGAAUGAAAAACAAGAACAAAAUAUGGAGUCAGACCUGAGUUUAAAACAUUGGCAACACUUAAAAUAAGGUUCAAUUUGUAAAAAAAAAAAAUAAUAAUAAUAAUAAUAAUUAGGUCUCAUAAACUGUCCAGAAAAUAAACAACUAUGAACAAACAAUAAUUUACAGCAUUUAUCAAUCUAAACUGAUUUUAAUUUAUGCAUAUAAUACUUUUUAACUUCUUUAUAUUUAUAUAUUCACAAUAAUUAGCAUUAGUAAGUUAAAGAAAAAUAAACAAAUUAACAAUAAACAAUAGUAUAUUAAUAAAUGCUGUAACAUAUUACCAUUGAUUUGUUAGUUCACAAUAACUAAUAUAUUAACUAAGCACUACAUACUUAUAAUUUAAGUGCUGCAGAUAUGACGUAAUUUUGCAAGCCAACCCAGACAUUAUGGUUCAUUCACACAAUGUCAGGAUUAAUGUAAUUUCGAGAUUCUGACGUAAACGUUCACGUCCUCUUAGAAUGUGUAAUUACAAAUUGUGAAUUUUUGGAAAGCUUUGACUUGUACCAACUGACUGCUGCAACACCGCACAAAAACACUUUUAAUAUGACAGCAAUUUCAGCUGCAAAUUGUAGUGAAGUAAUAAUAUUGGGCAAUAUUUCCAUUUUAUAAUAUUUAAGUAAUUUGUAUAAUUAAUAAUAAUUCCAGUAAAUGAGUAUUGUCAUUUUGGCAUUAAUAGUGUUUCCAUAGAAAUGUAUAAUUCAAGACAGGAACAGUUCCGGCACAAGUUUUCAUCUAGUAAUUACCGUAAUUAUGACAUGCAAAUGCAGCACUGGCAUCACCCUGGUUCCCUCGACAAAAGCCAAUAGGAUUUUGGAUUAUUGUGUAAAAUAAGCUCUGUGACCAGCAAAAAUUUAUAAUUCUUGCACGUUUUGUUCGACACAUAUGAACAUAAUGUUUGUGAAUUUUGAAGACUGAAUACAAUCACAAGAAGCAGUCACUCAACUUCAGUGUCACCACCAUUAAACUUCUUACAACUCUUACGGCCUUUAUUUAAAUUCUAAAAUAAAGUUGCAAAAUUUGAGUUGGAAUAGUUUGAGGAAGUAUAAACAAAAGGCUGUAAAAGAUGAUUUUCUUUGUGUUCAAUGGCAUGUUUAAUGCGCCAACCACCUCUGUAGUCCCAUUUAGCCACUUGUUCGCAACCACCUUUUUCAAGACAUGUAAAAGCUUUAAAAAAAUAUAGGUAGUGUAUUACUUUGUUUUAAUGAAUAAUAAGCUUGUGUGAACCACAGAACUUAUUUCAAGCAUUGACUUUGUGAUGACGAGUCUGGGUUUUAGGACUCAUUCCUGCAGCGCUAUUGUAAAGUGUUACCACAUUGCUGUUUGACUAUUGGUAAACAUUAACAGGCAUGACCUAGAUGAUGUCAGCAGAAACGUAAAGUUGUUUCGGGUUGAGCAAUCAUGAAAGCUUAUCAAAACAAAUCAAAUGUAAAAUAACAUACACCUAUGGUUAUGCACAGUAAGACCAAACAACAUGCGUUAAAGUAAAUAGGGUUCCUUUUGAGUUCAUGUUGACUUUAAAAUCACACUACCUACUUUGGGCUUAUCAGAGUGAAAUGGAGAAGUAGAAAAGAACAAGGUUACAGUACAUGGGUUUUCUAACAUUACGUUUGCUUUUAGAGCCACUGUAAACAUUCAGACUUACAGGGUUUAAACCAAUCAGAAUUAAUGGGUUUCUCCACCCCAAAAUGAAAAUUUUGUCAUUAAUCACCUACCCCCAUGCCGUUCCAAACCCGUAAAAGCUUUGUUCAUCUUUGGAACACAAUUUAAGGUAUU